AUUUGUUUACACGAGAUAGUAUUGGAGCACACAAAAAAUUAUAAACAAUUGUAAACAUACACAAAUUAUUCUACUAAAAUGGAAAUAGUUAAUCCCUGCUUUUCCGUGGUCUCCAAUUUCGAGGUAAUGGAGUGUCUUAAAAAUAUUAAAGACACCAAAAAGAAAUAUGGUUUAAGGAAUUUAGCAACAAUUACCUAUGAAACACUGCAAUUUUUAGAGGAAUCACCAUGUAAACAUCAAAAUCGUGAAACAAUUUUGGCUUUUAUUAAUGACAUGCAGCCAUACAAACUGACCACAAACGAAUGUCUCAUGAUGGUCAACGAUCCACCUUCAAGUGCUCUGCACAUACAACUGCUUAUUGAAGACAGCGAAGAACGUUUGACGGAAGAACAAGUAGCUAAAAUAAUUGAAAUAGCCAAAACCCAUUUCCCUGGACCACCACAAGAGUCAAAUUAAGAAAAUAAAUGUUAUUUUUUAUUUAUUUAAAAUGCUUCUAGUUUUUUAUUGUUUCUGUUAAGCAUUGUGAAAAUAAUAUUUUAACGCUUUUGAUCUCCUAAAUCUUCAAUAUAAUCGGCAUCAACUUCAGGCCAUUUAUCGGGAAUAACAUCGAAUAGAUCAUCUUUGACAUCGCCCUGAAUGACAAUUUCAUCUUCGCCUGUUACCGAAGAACCACAUGCAAAUUUUGAGCCAAAGAAUUUGGCAGCCACCUUCAAAUCGAUUUC